GUCCGGGCCUCGCCGCUCAGGACACGGGCAGGGCCAACCCGCUGACCCCCGGGCCCCCUCCGGGCCUCCGCCCUCCAGGCCCUGCCGGAAUCCCCGCCCCCUGACUCCCUGGGGUCCUCUCUGGUCUCCGAGCCCCCAGCGCCUAGCCCCUAGGGCCAGAGCCGACCGGCCCCUCCCCACUUCCGCGAGGGGGCAGGGGCGGGGUCACGAACUGGGCCCCUUGCCCGGGGGCGGGGCUUUUCCUAAGGGGCAAGGCCAAGGCAUCUCGAAUUGGGGCUGGCAGGGGCCAGGGCAGCGGGUUAUUAAGGCUGCGGGGGGGCGCGGAUUCCCAGGGUAUUGGGGUCAGGGUGGCAUUAGCCCAGCUCAAGCCGGGCUGGGCUGACUCAGCAUCGUGCCGCGCGGCCAACCCUCGUCCCUGACAGCUCUGCUUUCCCUUGGGCGGAGAUGGGAGAUGGCCCCGGUGUUGCCCCUGGUGCUGCCCCUCCAGCCCCGCAUCCGUCUGGCACAGGGGCUCUGGCUCCUCUCCUGGCUGCUGGCGCUGGCCGGUGCCCUCGCCCUCCUCUGUAGCGGGCAUCUCCUGGCCCAGCUGUGGCACCUCCACACCUUCUUGGCUCCCUCCUGCCCAUUUGCUGCCCUGCCCCACGUUGCCCUGGCAGCCGGUGCGGUGGCUCUGGGGACAGGGCUGGUGGGUGCGGGAGCCAGCAGGGCCAGCCUGGAUGCGGCCCACUACCCUCCCUGGCGAAAGGUCCUGGGCCCACUGCUGGUGGUUGGCACUGCUGGGGGCGGGGGUCUUCUGGUCCUCGCCCUGGGGCUAGCCCUGGCUUUACCUGGGAGUCUGGACACCGGGCUGGAGGAGGGCCUGGGGACUGCCUUGGCUCACUACAAAGACACAGAGGUGCCCGGACACUGUCAUGCCAAACGGCUGUUGGAUGAGCUCCAGCUGAGGCACCACUGCUGCGGGCGCCACGGGUACAAGGACUGGUUUGGGAUCCAGUGGGUCAGCAGCCGUUACUUGGAUCCCAAUGACCAGGACGUGGUUGACCGGAUCCAGAGCAACGUGGAAGGCCUAUAUCUGAUCGAUGGUGUCCCUUUCUCCUGCUGCAACCCCCACUCGCCCAGACCUUGCCUGCAAAGCCGGCUCUCAGAGCCCCACGUCCACCCUCUCUUUGAUCCCCGUCAGCCCAACCUAAACCUCUGGGCCCAAGGAUGCCACAGGGUGCUGCUGGGGCAGCUGCAGGACUUGGCGAGCAUGCUGGGCAGCAUGCUGGCUGUCACCUUCCUGCUGCAGAUUCUGGUGCUCCUGGGCCUGCGGUACCUGCAGACGGCACUGGAGGGGCUUGGAGGAGUCAUCGACGGGGAGGGAGAGACCCAGGGCUAUCUGUUUCCCAGUGGGCUGAAGGACAUGCUGAAAACAGCGUGGCGACAGGGAGGGGUGGCUGACACGCCGGCACCUGAGGAGGCCCCACCAGAAGAGGCACCUCCUAAGGAGGGUCUACCUGAGGCCUAGUGGCCUGAACGUUCGGGUGGGGAAUGGGGGGGGAGGGGGGAGGGAUGGACAAGACUGAAAACCUCACAACUCCUUACCAAGGCUCCAGGUCGGGGAGGGGGGAUCCCUGGGAUUAGAGGAGGGGUUAAGGAUAGUCACGGAGCUGGAAUGGGGGCGGUGAGAAAACUAGGUGUCCAGGGCCUAGCCCUGUGGCCAAGAGCCACCGGGGAACAGAAAGCACCCAGGGUGAUGGGAAGGUGACAUGGGAAGGACUGGAGACUGGUCCUGGCACACAGACUCAAUAAAGCUUUUGGACUGAA